AUGGAAGGCAUCAACGUUCUCCCGCCAGGUUUCAGAUUUCACCCCACUGAUGAGGAGCUCAUCAAUUAUUACCUCAAGAUCAAAGUCUCUUCUGCCACAAAUCCCUUAGUUUCCAUCAUAGCUGAAAUUGAUCUUUACAAGUUCAAUCCUUGGGACCUUCCCGACAAAGCCUUGUUUGGUGAAAGUGAAUGGUUUUUCUUCAGCCCCCGAGAUAGGAAAUACCCCAACGGGGCUCGUCCGAAUCGAACAGCUGCAUCCGGCUACUGGAAAGCCACAGGAACUGAUAAACCUAUCCUUUCUUAUGCGUCACAGUGCAUUGGGGUGAAGAAAGCUCUGGUAUUCUACAAAGGUCGUGCUCCAAAUGGCACGAAGACUAACUGGAUGAUGCAUGAAUAUAGGCUUCUCAAUGAUAGCCAUCAUUCUUUAGUGCAGAAAGGAUCAAUGAGACUGGAUGACUGGGUAGUAUGCCGUGUUCGGCAGAAGAGCAAUUUCCCAAAAAGCCCUUUCAACGACCCCAAUCGAAAUCAUUUCCACCUGUACGAAAUGGUAACUUCAUAUCAAACAUCUUUAUGA